CCAUGGACCGGGGCGCCGGCCCCUCCAUCAAUCGGAAAAAAUCAAGCUGCAAGGCCCGGAACGGUGCCGAUUAAGGCUUUGCUCUACGACAUCACAUCCAAUUCAUCCUUUCAAUUGGGACAAGCUAUCGCCACUACCCAGACGCACACUAUACUAUGUCCCUGGUUGGAUCGUGCCCUCUACUCGCGCCUUGAUUUCAUCAUCAACCUCAUCCUGACGACUUGUACAUAAUUGACUAUUUCUCUACCGCUCCGCAACCCAAAUCCUUGCGCUUUGUCAACUAAAAAGCAGGGUCGCUAUUCAUGGGCUGUUAUCCUAACUCGCUGAUACGAUUUCAACUGUUAAUCAACAUCAACAUUACUCGACUGGAUCGAUUGAAUCAUUGCUACAAGUCUUUGCGAUACGAUUUUACCAUUGAAUCACAUACAAUCCAGUACUAUUAAAGCUGUUGUAUCGGAAGUUUCUUCAUUAGCGACUUGAACGAUUCAAGCCCGAGAUUUUGUUUCAUCGCAUGGUUGAAUGGCGACUGCGAUAGAUCAAGCGCCUGGCGAUGGCAAUCUGGCCGCCGGCGCAUCGCAUCCAGGCAGUUCUGAGACACAGACCGCAGCUACCGAAGUGUUUGAGACACCACGCACAUCCUUCGAUCAUGACCCCAACGAUAGCAAUCAUGCGCGGCACGAAACUGCAUCAUCUACCGUCUCCCCGAGUUCGAUAACAUCGCCACCAUACUGGCUGAACACCCGUGCCGGCCAUCAACGAACCAUAUCGAACAUGUCGACCGAGUCCGUUCUUCCUGCUGGUGCUAUAACCCUGCGUGACAACGAAGCGAGCGAGUUCGACGACCGCAACAGCGCUUGCUGGGCCAAGAGUGUUGAGGUUGUCAGCUAUACCAUUGUCAACGGCAGUGCAACAAAUAUCGGUGCCUUUGUGGUGUGGAAUAUCCGUGUCGAGGCUCUCAAUGUAGGUGAUUGGUGGUGGUUCAGCAGUGGCGUACUGAUCUGAAGAUGGCUGUUGACUGACCCAACGAUAGGGGAGUUAUAUGAAUAUUCGUAAACGGUAUUCGGAGUUUGACGACUUUCGAUAUCGGUUGGUUCAGACUUUCCCCGGAUUCGAGGCAGCUGUUCCGGCGCUUCCGCCCAAGAGUGUCAUCUCCAAGUUUCGGCCCCGAUUUCUCGAGAAAAGGCGGGCAGGCCUACAAUACUUUCUCAAUUGCAUAUUGUUAAAUCCAGAAUUUUCUGGAUCGCCAGUCCUCAAGGAGUUCCUCUUUGCAUAGCGUUCUUAUCGUCUUAGCAUCUUCUCUUCUUUGGAUAUGUUUACCUUUGGGUCUCAUUCAUGGGAGGCCUCUUUGUACAAACGAUAUAUAUUGCUUGGCCCAGUCUCACGCACAUAUGCAGCAGCCAACAAUCCGUAUUAAUGAUAAUGAGUUGGAUGAUCUACCACUUGUGGUCCUACAGUUGUAUUGCAUGCUCGUCUGUUCUUAGCUUGUGCUUGAUUCGAGAGCCAAGAUGAAACCAAGGUUUGGCAUUG